ACGACUAUGGUGUGUGCAAAAAGCAAAUCUUUUAGUCAAAUAUAUUGCAAUGGUCCGAUUCUGAAGGCGGUUCAAGAUUCACAUAUAUUUCCUGAUUCGAAAUACUUUGUUGAUAUGCCGUUGAAAUAUGAUCCAGUGACAACACUUAAGAAUUUCAACGAAUUAGGCGAACGAGUAAAGGACCUUGGUAUUUUGAAGCAAUUCGUUGACGAUCAUUUCGAUCCACCUGGAUUUGAAUUAAUUGAGUGGUAUCCCGAAGAUUGGGUAGCAUUUCCGUCUAGUUUCCUUAAAAUUGAAGAUUAUCAUCUGCGUCGCUGGGCCUUGCAUUUGCAUCGCAUAUGGAGAGAUCUUUGUAGACGAGUGAAAGACGAUGUGAGACAACACCAAGAACUCUAUUCAUUACUUUAUGUACCUCAUCCUUUCGUCAUUCCUGGUGGCCGCUUUCGAGAAUUCUAUUAUUGGGAUUCGUUUUGGAUUCUCAAAGGUCUACUCUUCUCAGAAAUGUACGAUACUGCGAAAGGGAUUAUUAGAAAUCUGGCAUAUAUGGUUGAAAAUCAUGGUUUUGUACCGAAUGGAGGUCGUGUUUAUUACCUGAUUCGAUCACAGCCUCCAUUGCUUUGUCCAAUGCUUUAUGAAUACUACCUGGCCACUGGAGAUUUAGAAUUUGUUAAUGAGAUUUUACCAAUGCUGGAGAAAGAAUAUAAUUUUUGGCUAGUGCAGCGUGCAAGGCCAUAUUAUGAUAAAUCUGAAAAGGAGAAAUUUCAAUUCUUUCAAUAUCGCGCUAGCAUGAAAACACCUCGUCCUGAGUCAUAUCGUGAAGAUAUGGAUCUUGUUCGAAAUCUUACUACCAAUGCUGAAAAAGAAUUGUUAUGGUCAAACGUAGCAUCGGCUGCUGAGACAGGCUGGGAUUUUAGUACGCGUUGGUUUGCUCAGAGUGGUCCUGGUAUGCAUGAUAUGCGUUCCAUACGGACCUGGUCUAUUGUGCCAGUUGAUUUGAAUGCAUUUAUGUGUAUCAAUGCACGUCUACUUGCUUCUUUAUUUGAAAUUACUGGAAAUUUUUCGAAAGUGUUCCUCUAUCAAGCACGCUAUGAGCAAGCGAAACUAGCAAUGAAGCAGAUUCAUUGGAAUGAAACGGAUGGAAUUUGGUACGAUUAUGAUCUCGAUCGAAAGGUUCAUUCAAAUACAUAUUAUGUAUCGAACGCGUUACCAUUGUAUGCAAAAUGUUAUGAUGAUGAGGAUGAUACCACUCCACAUCGAGUAUACGAAUAUCUGAAGAGGGAGGGUGUACUGAACUUCACCAAAGGUCUGCCAACGUCACUGGCAAUGGGUAGUGAACAGCAGUGGGAUAAAGAGAAUGCCUGGCCGCCCAUGGUGCAUAUGGUCAUUGAAGGAUUCCGAACAACUGGUGAUCCACAUCUAAUGAAGGCAGCUGAAACGAUGGCGACACAGUGGUUAAGAGUUACUUAUAAGUCGUUCAUUCGAACACAUUCAAUGUUCGAGAAAUAUAAUGUAUCGGCGAUGACGGAAGAGUGUAGUGCUGGGUCGGGGGGUGAAUAUGAAGUUCAGACAGGUUUCGGAUGGACGAACGGUGUUAUAUUGGAUUUAUUGGACAAAUAUGGGCAUAAGAUGGCAUCAUCAGCGAGCUUAACCACGUCGUCACUUGUCUUCUACUUUCUUUUGAGUACAUUUUUAGUUUGGUAUCACUUUUCAACUGCGCAGUAG